AUGGCGUCUCCACCUGCCAUCCCCGUGGUGCCUGGUAACCUCUCUGGGCCGAGGGGCCUGCAGCCUCCGGAGCCCCUGCCACCGUCCAGGCAGCUGCCGGAGCUGAUCCGCAAGAAGCGGGACGGAGGCCACCUGAGUGAGGCGGACAUCAGGGGCUUUGUGCGCGCGGUGGUGGACGGGAGCGCGCAGGGCGCGCAGAUCGGGGCCAUGCUGAUGGCCAUCCGGCUGCGAGGCAUGGAUCCGGAGGAGACCGCUGUGCUGACCCAGGCUCUGGCCAGGUCUGGCCAGAAGCUGGAGUGGCCAGAGGCCUGGCACCCGCAUCUUGUGGACAAACAUUCCACAGGAGGCGUGGGCGACAAGGUCAGCCUAGUCCUGGCUCCGGCCCUGGCUGCUUGUGGCUGCAAGGUGCCAAUGAUCAGCGGACGUGGUCUAGGGCACACAGGGGGAACUUUGGAUAAACUGGAGUCUAUUCCUGGGUUCAAUGUCGUCCAGAGCCCAGAGCAGAUGAAGCUGCUGCUGGAGCAAGUAGGCUGUUGCAUUGUGGGUCAGAGUGAGAAGCUGGUUCCGGCCGAUGGAGUCCUCUAUGCUGCCCGAGACGUGACAGCCACUGUGGACAGCCUUCCACUCGUCACAGCCUCCAUCCUCAGCAAGAAGGUCGUGGAGGGGCUGUCUGCUCUGAUCGUGGACGUUAAGUUUGGUGAGGCCGCCCUCUUCCCAGAUCAAGAGCAGGCCAGGGAGCUGGCAAGGACGCUGGUUGGCGUCGGAGCGGCACUGGGGCUCCGGGUGGCCGCCGCCCUGACCGCCAUGGACAGCCCCCUGGGCCGGAGCGUCGGCCACUCCUUGGAGGUGGAGGAGGCGCUGCUUUGCUUGGAUGGUGCGGGGCCGCCGGAUCUGCGGGAGCUGGUCACCGGGCUCGGCGGCGCCCUGCUCUGGCUCAGCGGGCAGGCGGAGGCCCAGGCCCGGGGCGCCGCUCGAGUGGCCGCGGCGCUGGACGACGGCUCGGCGCGAGGCCGUUUCCAGCAGAUGCUGGCGGCGCAGGGCGUGAAGCCGGCGCUGGCGCGGGCGCUGUGCUCCGGGAGCCCCGCGCGGCGCCGCCAGCUGCUCCCGGGCGCCCGGGACCAGGAGGAGCUGCGCGCGCCCGCGGACGGUACGGUGGAGCGCAUCCGGGCGCUGCCGCUGGCGCUGGUGCUGCACGAGCUGGGGGCCGGGCGCAGCCGCGCCGGGGAGCCGCUCCGGCUCGGAGUGGGCGCCGAGCUGCUGGUGGCCGUGGGCCAGAGGCUGCGCCGCGGGACGCCCUGGCUCCGGGUGCAUCGAGACGGCGCCGCGCUCAGCGGCUCGCAGCGCCGCGCCCUGCAGGGGGCGCUGGUGCUGUCCGACCGCGCGCCCUUCGCGGCGCCCUCGCCCCUCGCCGAGCUCAUCUUGCCGCCCGGCCCUGCGCCGGAAGCCGCCCAGGUGCGGACCCCGGGGUCAGUGUGGACGGGAGCCGACCCGAGGACGGCCGGGCCCCGGGAGCCCCGUGCGUGCCGGACGCCGCCGCCGCGGGACGCGGGCCGCAGGGCCGCGGCGCCCCGGGGAGGCCGGGAAGGGCCGGGGGUGGCGGGCCCGCUGUCGCGGCUCCACAGGGUGCGGGCCCGCGCCAGCCUGGCGCCGCCUCCGCCGCGGGACCUCCGUUGA